GCAAAAUUUCACUUUUUUUCCUGUUUUUUCAGUUACAGAAGUGUGGUCAUUUUUUUAAAUAACCUAAUGUUCAAGGCUUUUGUUGCAGCCAUCAAACAAUGACUCGCAGUUGAAAUAUUUACUGAUUAGUCGUGUUUUCAAUCCCUUGAGUCAAGCAUUUAUAUCUUCUAUUAUACAGAUCACUAAAAGAGGGUCAACAAGAGUUUGGUCCUCGGGUAAUUUGUUCAAAGCUUCUGUACGUGAAUGGCUGUUACGCCCUUUUUCAGUUUACGCAACUUAGUCUUAAAUAAGUGCAAUAAUUUUUUACUUCCUGGAUCUUCCCGAGACAAAUGCUACAAGUUUUUGCUGGAUGGCUACUUUGUCGGAUUCAUUCACCCAAUGUUUUUGGACUGGUUAUUAAAAUAUGCAAAUGUUUUUGUGAGGAUUUCUCAUCCGCAACACGGAGACCAUUGUAUUACAGUACAUCAGACCAUGGUAAAUGUGAAUGACCGCAGCAAUGCAGUAGCAGAAGUGAUGCAAGAUUUGCGAGCUACAAGUCCGUUCAAGGCUCUAAAAGGAUGGAGAAACGAAGUGAGUUGUUUGUUCUAGACUUCGUUGUUGUUUUUUCAAUUUUAUAGGCCUGAGACACCUCAGAAAAAUUGAACAAAGAUUUCGGAACAAUUAUAGUCUUCGGUAAAGACUAUUUUUGUAACCUGUCCACUUCUGUAAUCCUAUUCUUAGUAUGAUUUGAGACUUCUUAUGGUGAUUCCAUUUUAUUUUGAUUACCAGACCUUUAUAAGGUAGGUCGAUCGAUUACCUAACUAUGGUUGACCACUUAUUGGUUGGUUAUCAAUGAUAUGUAGUAAUACUAAACCACUGGGUUUGUGGUUCCUUUCAGUGAAGUUUGCUAUGAUAUACACUUUCUCGUUCUUUCUACUUUUUAUGCACUAUGUCUGGAUCGUUUGGAAACAGUUUCUUAUUAUGCCGAUUUUAAUUAAACCGGAAUUUAGUCACUUCAAAACGUAUGGUCUUUCUGUCCGUCAUAAAUACAGAACAGUAGAUGACCCAUGACUAUGGUGUUUACAUUCAUAACCGCGAAAAAGUGUUAUUGAAAAUUGAACGUUCAGCAUCAAGUCUGUUGGGCAUUACACGAUACGGUGUACAUGUAAAUGGUUUCUUUUCAAAUCGAUACAACUAUAAAAAAUCUGACCGGGUCAUUAAUGGCAGCCCACAUAAUUCCAAUGAAUCUACUUCACUUACUCAAAUUGAUCCGGACAAUGUUUUCAUGUGGCUUGGUUUGCGAUCGAUAAGUAAACCUACAUCUCCUGGAAUGCUUGAUAAUAUGGCUGCUGGAGGCUUAACCUAUGGUCUAGAUGUCAUGGAAUGUGCUCGUAAAGAGUGUCGAGAGGAAGCAAGUGUACCUGAACAUAUGCUUGGCAAACUAACCCUUGUAAAUCAGAUCAGCUAUAUAUUUGAAGAUGAACGUGGUGUUUGCCCACAAAUUGAAUAUUGUUUCGAUUUGGAAUUACCACCAGAUUUUAUUCCUGUUAGCUCUGAUGGUGAAGUAGAUAGUUUCCGAUUGGUUAGCAUAUCAGAGAUUAAACAACUCAUAUUUGAUGAACAUUUCAAAUCAAAUUCCGCUCUAGUUGCUUUGGAUUUUUUGUACAGACAUAAAUUUAUUGAUAAAGACUCAGAUCCCAGGCAUGCAGAAGUACAGUCUUUAAUGCAUGUUAAUUUACCGUUUGAUUAAUUGCAUUUGUGAAUAUGGUUUCUAUUGAUCAAAUCCAUUAUUUCAUAAUCAAAAGUUCUCCCAACUUCUAUACAUUCGAUUAUUUUCUAGUAGAAAAUAAUUAUUUACAGUUUAGUUGUUUACUUUGUAUAAUAAGUGGUCAUUAUCGUUGGGCAAUGGUGAAGAUGUCAAUUUGGUUUCAAAUCUUAAGCAGAGUUUUUUACUAUACAAAUAUACAUUUGUUAAAUAGCUAUCUUUAUCAUUUAACUUUCUCAACAGAUAAUUUUACUAAAUCAGUUUUAUUUCCUUGCAUAAAUAACGUCUAUUUAUUAGUUGUUCUUUUUUUCUCAUUCUAUAUUUGGCAAACGAAUAUUUGCAAUUGUGGUUAAUUUUUUUUCAUUUGGGUUAUUAUUUACAAACGACUUUUAGAAACUGCUUGUUCUUUCAUCUUUUAUUGUACGUAAGUUAUAUGAAGCGUUUAAGUUAUUACAUCACAAGAUUUCGUUGAAAAUUGUUUAUCAAAACUUUAAAGCUUAAUAAUAGUUUGUUGGUUGAUGUACAAAGAUUUUGUAUAAUCUAUAGCAAUACUGGAAACAUCUAUCUGCCCUUUGUGUUAACAACUUAUGUGAACUAGCUUUUACCUAGUUAGAAUUAUGAGUCUAAAUGUGCACAAAAAUUUAAACAUAAAAUGUUGUGUACUUCGAAAUGUAUGUAUAAAAAGCAUCCUAAAAAGAUUUACAUCUACACAAGAAUGUCCAUAUAAAUAUUGUUCAUACAACUCAU